UUAAACAGUUUUAUAUCUUUUUGUCUAUGUUUGGAAAAUCUUAUAAAAUCUUUUUAACCACUUGCCGCCCAGCCACCGCAUAUAAACGGCGGCAGGGCGGCACUCGUAGGCAAAAGCACGUUUUAAAACGGCUGCCUUCAAAACAGGUAGGAGGCGCGCGCGCCCGCUCUACCUGUCCCUUGGGUGUCAGCAGCGGGUGUCAGCCGCCGGGUCACGGCCGGUUUUUACCGGCCGUUUUCCCGCAAUUGCCGGUGAGCGCUGACACAGAGCAGGGCUGCAUUGUUUACACACAGCCCUGUUCUGUGUCAGUUCUCUGACAGCUUGUGAGAAGCUGCAGAGUUUCUCUCC